AUGAGGCGUCGGGCAGUGCAGUUGACAAUGAGAGAAGGGGGGCAGGAGAGAGGUGGAGAGGUUGCGGAGGAGGAGGAGGAGGAGGAGGAGGAGGAGGAGGAGGAGGAGGAGGAGGAGGAGGAGGAGGAGGAGGAGGAGGAGGAGGAGGAGGAGGAGGAGGAGGAGGAUGCAGGACCCGUGGUUGCUGGUUUCGAUGUGGUGUGGGUGGCAGCAGGUGAGUAA